GGUCCAGUUGAUGGUUCUGGUCCAGGUGAAGGUUCUGGUCCAGUUGACGGUUCUGGUCCAGUUGAAGGUUCUGGUCCAGGUGAAGGUUCUGGUGGUCAGUGAGGAUAGAUGUAGAAAUGCCCCCUUUAGCGCCCCCUAUAGACCUACUCCUUUACACUACAUGUUUCUUUUUCACGUGACACAGAAACUGAACUUCUUUUAUUCUACACUUUUUAAAUUUUUCCAAAUUUUUAAAUGUUUUCUCGCCAUUAUUUGCUGAUGGAGAAAUAGACGUUUGAAUUAACGACUAAACCGAUGAUUAAAUGAGUCUGUGGAGAAAAUGUUGGUUUAAAGAUAAACGCGUUUUUAAAGAUUAUGUGGAAACAUUUUACACAAGAUUUCUUUAGUGAUUUUGAUUUCUUAUCAUUUAUCUGCUUACUGUAAAUAAACAAAGAUAGAAAUAUAGAAAUAAUUAUUGAUGAUUUUGCUCCAGACGUUUGUUCUAUAUUCCAUGUUAUUUCUUAGUGAACAUUUAAAUUUCUUCUUAUUAAAUAAACAUAAGUCUAGGUUAAAAACAAUCAACAUUCCGAACAAAAAUAUCACGGAAAAAAAGCAAUUGAUGUGAAAAGAAAGACGAGAAAUAAUUUGAUGUCGUUCGUGGAUUUUAAUUAGAAAAAAUAACAAUUUGGCAACAAUUCCACAGAGUUGUUUACCACGAUUUGAAUUUGAUUAAAAUACGUUGAAAAAAUGUUCAUUAAAAAAUACUUUGGCCCAGAUUAUGUAGAUGUAAAAGUAUUGUAUUUUUUGACUUUUAUACAAAUUAACAAGUAAAAAAAUCCCCUGUAAUAAAUACAUAAUAAAUCAGUAAAUUAAAUCAAAUUCAACGUAGUAACCGUGGGUUUUUCUGUGUAUUUUCUAAUCUGAUGUGUCAGAUUAGGAUUACACUGUAAUCUCGUUGUCAGAUUGUGGAUUAUUGUGGAUGGUUUUGUGUUGGACGAACCAGGAUCCUCAACAUUUUCUGGGUUCUGGCCGUGGGAGGAGUUGGUUCUGCUCCUGCAGAGGAGGAGGAGGAGGAGGAGAUUCUUUAAGGUCUCCCUCUUCUCUUCGUGCUCCUUAAAGACGUUCUCGACUCAGCAAAUCAACUCCAUCGGCGGAUUAUUGCAUCACACCAUCUCCUUCAGCUCCGCGUCUUCUCCGUGUUUUUCUGCUCUUAUUUCAUGGUUGCAGCGGUGAAGAUGAUGGAGUUCAUCGAGGACAAGUUUACCCUGAAGAGUCAGGCCAUGAAGGCCAGCGACUACUACAUGGACCAGGUCAUGGAGAGUCUGGACACUGCGCACUACUUCACCAAGUCUGCCCCGAAAUGCGGGCAGGCCUUCGGGCUGCAGAGCUCCGAGCACCGCUCCUCACCCUGCGGGGACCAGAACGCCUCCUACGUGGUGCCAAAAGCCGACGACGAGCCUCUGCACUCGGACCUCGGCCGCUCCAUGGACGGCUGCUGUCCACUGCGCGCCUCCCCGGUGACCGCGGCUCAGGAGAAGGCGGACCUGGUGGAGGACAUGACGGACAAGUGCGACAGCAACGUGUCCAGCAGCAAGAAGCGCAGACACCGGACCACGUUCACCAGCGCUCAGCUGGAGGAGCUGGAGAAGGUGUUCCAGAAGACGCACUACCCGGACGUGUACGUGCGGGAGCAGCUGGCCAUGAGGACGGAGUUGACGGAGGCCAGAGUUCAGGUCUGGUUCCAGAACCGCAGGGCCAAGUGGAGGAAGAGGGAGCGGUACGGCCAGAUCCAACAGGCCAAGAGUCACUUCGCAGCCACGUACGAUUUAUCGGUGUUACCGAGGAGCGACAGCUACACACAGAUCCCCAACAACCUGUGGCCCAGCCCGCCCCCCGGCGGCUCCGUGGUCUCCUCCUGCGUCCUGCCCAGAGGCUCUCCGCCCUGCGUCACCACUUACCCACACUCGCCGCGCUCCGGCGCCGGCGCCGCCGACCACGGUUACAUGGGCUUCCCCAGUCAGCAGAACCAGUUCAGCCACGUCUCCCUGAACAACUUCUUCAGCGCUGACUCUCUGCUCGCUCCGACAGCCAACGGCCACCACGCCUUUGAGACCAAACCCGAGUUUGAGAGACGCUCGUCCAGCAUCGCCGUGCUGCGCAUGAAGGCCAAGGAGCACGCGGCCAACAUCUCCUGGGCCAUGUGAUCAGGGUCGCUGUGCCUGGAGUCUGUAGAAGGUUGUAGAGGACGAGGACGAGGACGUUUGGACGUGAACCACUGACGGCCAGGUUCUGCUGCAGCUCAGACCUUUGGACCAAACACCAGCAGAACUCCUGAGGUGAUCGCAGCACUUUUGUUUCCUGCCAUCAAAUAAACCUGUUUUUAUAUCCACACAUAUAUCUGACCCCGUCCUGGUGCAGACGACCUCAUAUUUGGGACUUCAGAAAACACGCUGCGGCUCAAGGUCAAGGAGCCCCCCCCCCAGCUGUGUGGUUUAAAAGACUCUGUGACCUUUGCCCCCUCCCCAUCAUUAGAACACUGACUGAGACAGGUCCAACUGGAUGAAGACUGUUGUGGUCUGCAGAGACUGAGCAGGUCCUGCUCCACACAGACGUCCUGGUGGUCUGCAGCUCUGUAACGUCUGUCAUCUGCCUCCGUGCCGCGUCGCUCUUUACGAGACCCGUGCGGGCGGUGGAGGCAGAUUGGAAUAAUGUUGUGUUUGUGUUAUAAGUUUAUCUGGUGAAAACAUAAUAAACGAGUGUCACUUGAGUGGAGGAAGGUUCCCGUCCCAUCAGGGCCCGUGUGCGUGAUGGAUGCAGACCUCACCGAUCUUGGCCCGUUUCACUGGCAGUCUUUGACUGUGGCUUACGUCAGGUCUUUGUGCAUCUCCUUCCUGCCAAAACUGUAAAAACGUGCCUGGACUUUCUCAUUGGCUCUUGGGUCAAACUUGUCCUUGAAGUAAAGUCCACUGGUCUUGGACAAAGAAAUGUGUUUAAAUGGAGCUGCUUCUCUGCUGCGGUGUUGAAGAAGGAAGAGAGAGAAGAGAGAGAGAGAGAGCUGUGUUGGACCAGUUGGGGUCAGAAGUCAUACUGGUACAUCCAUUCAGCUGCUGGUCAGAACCUGUGGUACUGUUCCCAGCCCCCGGUACUUGCUUUUUCUGGAUCUAGAACCAGAUUCAGAUUUGUAUCACAUUUUUGUCACCGUCGCGGUGGAAGCAGGAGCCAAUCCCAGGACAGCAUGGACGGUCCUCCAGUCUUUAAGGCCACACACAGACACAGGUAUCUUUCAUGUACCUUCAAGCUCACGGAAAAAACAAAUCUCUUUUCAUCCUGCCUUUACCUUAAACAUUGAUCCCUUGUUCUUUUCCCUCGGAACUUAGAUGUUGUUUCAAAUUGUAGGUUUAUAUUCAGAAGCAAAGUGUAAAACAAAAGUAAAUAAAGUAAAAUAUUCUCUGUAUUUCUUGGACCUAAACAGGAAUAAAAUGUCAUUUAAAAAGUUUAAUUUUGGAAGUGAUUCAAAUACUUUUUUUUUCUCCUGAUCUGGCUGCAGCUGAGCCAGCAGGGGGCACACACAGCAUGGGUCAUGUGUCUGAUGGUUGCACAACAGUGGAGACAGAAGUCUCAGAUGAACCUGCGUUGGACGACCAUUAAACUCCAUCCACUUCUUCAUCCAUCAACAGUGGCUCCUUCCAUGUGGCAGCCGCCCAGUCCUGCUUUAAUCUGAGGAGCUGUUGUGUAAUUGAGAGCAUUUCUUCUUCUCUCU